AUGAACACAUCAUAUAUCAAAGCACCAAUUAUGUGGAUGAACAGUAAUUGUAAAGCUAAAUCACGGCGUACUCAAUACAUGAAGGAAUUAAUGAAAUAUAUUGAUGUCGAUAACUACGGCACUUGUGGAGAGAAGAUUCGCCAAUUACCAGAGCACAUCGUACAAAUUCAAGGCUCUAGAAAUCGAACUUUGAAACAAAUUGCUACUUAUAACUGGGAGGGUGGGAAACUAGCAUUAUCGAGAGAUUAUUUAUUCACUAUCUCGAUUGAGAAUAGUCUAACUUAUGAUUAUAUAUCAGAAAAACUGUGGCAACCGUUAGCAGCUGGAAGUAUACCUAUUUAUCUUGGUGCGCCAAAUGUUUAUGAUUGGUUACCAUGUCGAGCAGAUUGUAUGAUUGAUCUAAGAAAAUUCAAAACACCAAAAGAUGCAGCUAUGUUUAUAAGAAGUGUUGCAAAAAAUAAAACAUUAUACGAAAGUUAUCAUCAAUGGCGAAAGGAACCUGUCUCGGACAAAUUCCAGAAAAUACUUGACUAUUAUGCAAGACUUGAUAAAAUCUUUUAUUCAUCUGAUACAUUAAAUUCUCAUUUUUCUCAUCUUAUUCGAAAUACUCCAAUAUAUUUAAAUCUUCAAAACAUUCAUGAAACAAAAUUCUCUCGAUUUUGUUGUGAAAUCUUACCAGAAAUUAAACAAAAUAUAUCUUCAUUACAUUUAUCAAAUAAAGAUGCAUGUGAUCAAACUAAUGCAUUUUUUUUCUCAUUUUAUUUACUUGCUGAUUAUUCUCAUCUUCAAUCAUUAGAUUUAAAUUCUUCACAAAUUGAUGAUGAACUAAUAGUAUCUGUAUUGCCAUUAGAUCAUUUACAAAAAUUAUCAAUUAAAACAUGA